UGUAGCCAGGAGGUAGAUGAUAGAGGGCGCAAGUGUUCUUGUUGUUCGUGGCUACGGCGUGAGUUUCUUACAAUUUGUAAUAGGUUAUUGAAAUCCAAGCAAUCUUUGUUUAUUGGAGUGCAGGUAGUUAUUGUAAGUGUUGAUCAGUAAUCCUCAAGGAGUGAUUUAUGGUUUCUUGGUAGUAGUUUUGCGCUACGUUUAUUAGCGUCUCCAUAUUUCUUCCUUGAAGCAUGGUUAUGGUGUGAGCAGAGGUUGAAGUAGUCUGGGAGAUUUUCGUUUGGGAAAGUAAUUGUUCCACAUGUAUAAAACUAUACGCAUUCCACAGUUUUACGUAUGAUUGGUUGCGAAUUGUGUAUUUUACUCUUGUUUGCUAUCAGUAGAUAUUAUAAAGCCGAUCGUAGGCAGCAUGGUGUCCGUGUAUUGGCCGUAGUUGUCCAUUGUGAAUAAUCGAACUAGCUGUUUGUUUCUGUUAAAUAUAUUGAAGCGCCGUUCAAAUGGCAGAUACCAAACCCAAAUCACCAGCGUCGGCUGCGAAGCCUUCGCGACCAGCGAAAUCUGCUGCAACUGCUAGUAAAGACGAGAAGAAGAGAGGGAAACCCAGGAAUUAUGACCUAGGAAACGGAGUUUACCGCUUCAGCAGGGCGAGAAUGUACCAUAAGAAAGCUCUUUACAAGUUUGUUGGAAAGAAGAACGAGAAAAAGGUUAAACCCAAAAAGCCAACGCAUGUUGAGAAGCCGAUAGGUGGUGAGAAGAAUGGUGGUAAGCGUAUUGUGUUAAUCAAGAAGAGGAGGAAUUUCUACCCAACAGCAGACAGGAUUAAGAAGCGACCAAGCAAAAAACUGUUCAAGCAGCAUAAGCGCUAUACACGCAAAUCGCUAACACCAGGGACCAUUUGCAUUCUUUUGGCUGGGCCUCACAAGGGAAAACGUGUGGUGUUGUUGAAGGUCUUGAAGAGUGGUCUGCUGCUUGUCAAUGGGCCUUUUAAAAUUAAUGGCUGUCCGUUGAGACGAGUAAGCCAGAACUAUGUUAUUGCUACCAGCACAAAGCUUGACUUUUCUGGUGUGCAGUUGCCUGAACAUAUAAAUGAUGAAUACUUCAAGCGUAACAGACAGAAAAGAGCAAAGAAAGAAGAAGGUGACCUUUUUGCUACUAAGAAGCCUCAAUACAAACCAUCAGAACAGCGGAAGACUGACCAGAAGUUGGUUGAUAAACUGGUAAAUGGUGCUAUUCGGAAACAUCCGGAUAAGAGACAUCUGUUCGCAUACCUGUCUGCUAUGUUUGGCCUACGAAGCAGCCAGUACCCACACAGGCUUCAGUUCUAAAUUUGUAUUAUGAAAAUAUAUGAUUGAAAUAAACACAUUAAUCAUAAAUAA